UACUUAAGAACUGAGUGUUUCGGUUAUGCUUUAGAAGAUGCAUCCAAAGCAUUGGAUCUUGAUAGAAACUAUAUAAAGGCUUACUACAGAAGAGCCUCCGCUAAUAUGGCAUUAGGGAAAUUCAAACUGGCAUUAAAAGACUUUGAAGCAGUAAGUGCAUCCAUUCAUGUUGUAUUGUUACAAAUAUAUUUAUGAAAAUAGACUGCACUCUGUAGGAUAGUGGGUAUUUUUUGACUGAUAGGACUUAAGAUUGUGUUGUUGAACUUGGGUCCCUCAUUUGUACAUAUAUGGUUUUUACUUACAGUUUACAUUUAUUACAAUAAGUAGUUAAUUAUCAAUGUGAACAAAUUAUAUUGUCUAUAGUAUGAAAAUGUAUUAUCUAAGGAAGGUCUGUACACAGUUCUAAAUGAUAGCAGACACUUGUAAAUACAAUGUAUUUGAUUAGAAAUAUAAUCAUAAGAUCUAAAAAGUGCUAUCUCAAUAGAACCGAACUACCAAAGAGGAAGUUACCUUGGGAGACUAUUACUGUGUUUAGGUUUUAAUUCAAAUAACCAGAAAAAUUGUAUUAUAGGAAGUUAGGAACUAGGAGGACCUGAAUGUACGUAAGUUAUGUUUAGGUUUUAAUUCAAAUAACCAGAAAAAUUGUAUUAUAGGAAGUUAGGAACUAGGAGGACCUGAAUGUACGUAAGUUAUGUUUAUUGUCCAGUUAAUAAAUGAGUUCUAGUCAUUUCAGUUUUAGUAUCGGUAACUUUGACUUUAUCACUCUUCUGAUGGGUGAAAUUGAAGAUUGUCUACUAUUUGUCAGCUGUUUGAUGUUAAAACUUGAUCAGGUGAACUAAGGACAACACGAUUUUUAGUAGCUGAUUCUAUUUUAUUGAUAUAAAUUGAGAUAUUCAUCGGUAAGUUGGUGCUUGUAUAGCCAUGGAGUCGGCGAUAAUUCCUAUUAUACUCUGCUUCAAAUAGUCCAUUAUGGUCGGAAAAACUUCGAAAAUAAACUAAAUUCAACAUAGAUGUAUAUCGUCUUAAAAAACAGUAUUAAACAUAGCUCUGUAUUUUUUAGGUAGUGAAAGUGAAACCAAAUGACAAAGACGCAAGGGCAAAAUACAACGAAUGUGCUAAAAUAGUCAGAAUGAUGGCAUUUCAGAAAGCCAUUUCUUCAUCUGAUUCCGAGUCUGUAGUGGAAAAAUUAGAUUUAGAAAAUAUGGUUAUAGAAGAUGAUUAUAAUGGACCAGCACUAGAAAAUAAUAAAGUCACUGAGAAAUUUGUAACUGAUCUCUUAGACACAUUUAAAAAUCAGAAAAAAUUACAUAGAAAAUUUGCAUACCAAAUUUUGAUACAAGCUAAAGAAUACUUUUCAAAGCAGCUAACUUUAGUAGAUAUAGAUGUUCCUAAGGAUUCAAAAUUCACAAUAUGUGGGGAUAUACAUGGUCAGUUUUAUGAUCUCUUAAAUAUAUUUGAAUUAAAUGGAUUACCCUCCAAAGAUAAUCCUUAUUUAUUUAAUGGUGAUUUUGUUGAUAGAGGAUCAUUUUCUGUAGAAUGUAUAUUAUCGUUAUUAAGUUUAAAAUUAUUAUAUCCACAACACUUCUAUAUGUCUAGAGGCAACCAUGAAAGUAUUACUAUGAAUCAAAUGUAUGGUUUUGAUGGAGAAGUCAAAUCAAAAUAUACCUCUCAAAUGUGUGAUUUAUUUACUGAAGUUUUUAACUGGAUUCCAUUAGCUCACUGUAUUAAUAAGAAAAUAAUGGUAUGUCAUGGCGGUCUAUUUUCUGAUCCAGCAGUAACAUUAGAUGAUAUACGAAAAGUAGAUAGAAAUAGACAACCUCCAGAAUCAGGUAUUAUGUGCGAGUUAUUAUGGUCAGAUCCACAAAUUGUACCUGGUACAGCACCAAGUAAGAGAGGGGUCGGAGUUCAAUUUGGUCCAGAUGUAACAGAAAAUUUCCUCCGAGUUAACAACCUUGAUUAUAUCAUUCGAAGUCAUGAAGUUAAAGAUGCUGGUUAUGAGAUUAUGCAUAAUGGAAAGUGUAUAACUGUUUUCUCAGCUCCAAAUUACUGUGAUACUAUGAAAAAUAAAGGUGCUUUUAUUACAAUAAAGGGAGGAGAUUUAACGCCUAAAUAUACAUCUUACGAAGCCGUGCCACAUCCUAAUGUUAAACCAAUGGCCUAUGCUAGUUCUUUGUUUGGAUUAUUUUGAUGAAGUUUGAAGAUUAGCUAUAUAUACAUUUGUAUAUCAUCAGACUGUAAAGAGGCAAUCUCACUAUCAGCAAUUUAUUUUCUAAUAUGAAAGGAUUUGACUACACGAUCAGAUCCUGUGUAUUUAUGUUAAAUAGUGUAUAAAAUCUGAGAUCCAUACUCUUAUUUCUGGUAAAAGAAAUAUUACACGAAUCUGAAGCUGUCUUGUAGAAGAUACAUGAAACAAAAGUGCUCUACAUGUUGCUGUAAAGUGUAAAUAAUAGAUUACAGUGCUUGCAUUUUUGACAAUAAAUUACUGUAUAUUUGACUGAAUAAGAGCUUACAUGAUUAUAAAUUACUGUGCAUGUAUUAGACUGAAUAUGAGCUCAUCAGCUAAUAAAUUACUGUAUUUGACUGAAUAGGAGCUUACAUGCUAAUAAAUUACUGUAUUUGAUUGAAUAAGAGCUUGCAUGCUAAUCUGUAUUUGACUGGAUAAGACCCUAUAAAAAAAUGAAAUGGGGUUUAAUCUCCUACUGUUCUGCUCCUAUACUGGGCUAAUGAAGACGGGAACCCUAUAAGAGGGCACAUAACAGUUUCAUCACACCCUUUGCUACUUCCAUGUUACAUGCUUUAACCCAUUUGCUUCACAUGUUUGGUUGAUUACAAGCAAACAAGAAAUGGAAGGUGGUAACUAGGCACUUAUUUGUAUGCAUGCCCUUAUCUGAGUGGUAUAACAUUCAAGCUAUUUCAUUUUUGAUUGAAAGUAAUAUUGCCUCUUUAAAGAAACUGGGCUUUUCAUACAAUCUAUAAAAUUAAUAAAAGGGGUAUUAUUGAAGAGCUAAAUUGGUCUAUUCCAUGUCUUUCUUUAGGCUUUAAAUGUUAUAUUAAUUAUUAAUUUAUUAACUUGCCAAGACCAUAAUCAACUCUCAAUGCCAUUGGAUGCUCUAGAUUUUCAACAGAUUUAAAUACAAUUUGUGGUUAAUGAUUUAAUUAAAAAUUGAUAAUCAAGGCUGUUUAGUAUCGUAACAACGGUAGCAAUGACAAUCGGGACUACACUGUUCUGCAAUCAACGAUAACUCUGCUCAAUAUGAAGUAAAUUUACUAAAAUUUUGAACGCGUUCCCCUUCCAUUAUCUAUUUUUUUAACUAUUAUAGCAAGAACUGUCUGCUCUUUAUCUGAAUCUUACAUAAUGCAUGUUAAAAAACACAACACGAUUUAUAUAGAAAAAAAUCACUGGUUUAUACAGAUAUAGCAUGACGUUUCAUAGUGCUGUGUUUUUUAAUUUGCUAAAUGCCACUCAAGGAUUAUAAUGCAUGUUAAAUGAUGAAAGUAAGAGGAAAGAAACUUUGACAUGUAGCAUUGAUUGGAACCAAUUAAUGUCAUAAACAUUCAUAUUGUGUUCAAAUUUAUAACUAGAGUAGGGUUUAAGAAUCAAGCCCAUGGAUUUAGUUGUUCAAAAAGUGUUUGAGAGAUCGAAUUUAUAAUAUUUAAUUAAAUGAAUUUAGAUAUUGGUAUACAUAAAAAGUAAUUUAAAAGUAUGAUGACUUCCUUGAUUUGAUCAGUUCAACCCAAUUUAAAUGAGAAUUGUUGAAUUUGGUGACCUUAAGUUAAACUCAAAUCAUGAAUUUAUGUAAUUCAAACAAAUUCUGAACAACAAUGCUUAAAGCACUAAGUUUAUUAUUAAUAUUACCCAUGUAAUAGGAAUUGUAUAUUGAAGUUUAAGCAAAUAAAUAAUAAUCUGAUAUGCCAUUUUCACAAAACAAAAUCAGCCCAUUAUUUUGUGAAGUUGUCAAACGAAAACACCAAUAAUUUAAAAGAUAACCUAAGAUAUCAUUGUUUAAAUUUUGCUUAAUUUCAAAGGCUUCAUCAUUGAUUAUUAAGUGUGGUAGUGUCAUUCACCAGUACUUAUGAUUGACAUCAUCAACUUUUAUUUACAUGAAUAAUAGUAUAUCAUCACUUUUUAUCAUAAUAUGCCUUUGUCAUCGACACUGGGAACAUGUGAACACACUUGGUUACAGUCAUUAAAUCAUACAAAAGCAAUAAUACUUCAAUUCAAUUGUCAUAUAUAUUUUUCACCAACAGAAAAUUGGAGUUAGGCCAUUUUAAAUUGAAAUUUAGUUUUUUGGGAUCACUUAUUCAAAUUUUGCUGCCAAUUUCUUGGAAAAACAAAUAAUACCUGUUGCUCUUCUUGAAAGCUCUGAGCUUCAAGUUUUCAAAUUAGUACAUUUGAGGCUCUUGAUCUGGAUCCCAAAACACUAAAAAUCAAAUUGUUUAGGCCUGAAAUACUACUUAAUUAUAGUAUUUUAAUCUAAGUGCCAAAAUAUGCAUUUUAAUUCAGAUAUCAAAAAGUGAGAAUUUCAAAAUGAAUCAAAUUUAAUAAAUUUAUUUACAAAUAAUAAAAUAAGUGCUAAUAAAGCUUAUCGAUAUAUGUAAUUGUUCAUUAUAUAAUAUGUAUGGCAUGUUUUAAGGCAACCUCAAGUACAACAGGUUUAGUAGUAAAUUGCCGCUAACAAUGAAAUUUAUUGUUUUGUUAAAGUAUCAUAAAAUUGAACUUUUGAUUUAUGAUAUAAAUUAUUGUAUAUACAUCACCAACAUGUAAAUACAUAAUAUUAAAAUGCUAUAUUUAUUGCAUAUAUUUACAGAUAAAUAUCAUCGGCUGGUUAUUAUUUUGUAUGUCAACUGUAGUGCUCUUUAUAAAUUGUUUGUUUUUUCUUGUUCACCAGUUUUACCUUGU